AUGAUCGUUACUUCGGCGAUCGAUUCGAUUGCCUGCUUGCUGGCUCUCGAAACGAAUGAGUCACGAGCGAGUGUGAGUCAUGUCCAACGACAGCUAGUUUCGGUUGUGGUAUGCGACGGCACUCUUCGCCGGACACGUACCUACGGACGGAUGGGCAUGUUGAGUUCGCUUGGCGUGUGUUGUGAUUUUGUUGUUGGUUGGCCUCCGCCGUUGCCGUCGGUACACUGUUACCUUAUUGCGGAUUUGAAAUUCAAUCACCGGCUCGGCCGAAGCAACGACGGUUUGAGGAGGUGGCAGCUGAUGGCUCAGUCAGCCUCUGCGUCGACAAACGGCUCCCGUGUUCUAAUCCGGGUGCAAUUAUUUGUUGGUCAUUUCAUCGAGCAGAUUCAGUGCUGGGACCCGUUGCUGUCGCUGUCGAUCGCACGCGCUCGCCGCGCCGCGUUGCGCCGCGCCGCCCACUUGCCUGCCUGUUGCCUGCUCACCCGCGUCGCCUCGCCUCACCUCGUCGCACGCUCGUUCCCACCCGCGUCUGGACGUGAAGUCACGCCGUCGUGUCGUCGCCGUCGUCAUCUGCCGCUUCCCGCGCCGCUCACCGCUUUCGUCGUCGCUUCGUCGCUUUCGUGCAAAGCUCCCGUCGAUUGUGCCUUAAGCCGUUCGUCUGGCAACGUCACACAGUGUCAGCAGCGUCAGGCUGUAAUCAUCGUCGCUUUUACCGUGCGGACAGCAUCGCCAUAUUGUCUCGCUUCGGUUCACCUCCGUAAACCGGAAACGAACGCACUUAGCAUCAAGCUUUGCGUCUUCGUUGGUCGUUCUGUCCGUCGUUCACCUCCGUCACUGCAUCGCUUGCCGACUGUACUUCGUUCUUCCUCUUCUGUCUGUUAG